AGAACAGUCGAGUUCAUGACGAGAAGCCUCAAGGACGACUUACACGAUUUUCAGCGACUCGUACCUAAGGAGCAAUUGGUCACAUUAUUCUACGAAUAUCUGUCCGAGGAUGAGGAUUUCGGCGACGCGUUGGAUUACGUGACGUCAAAUGACUUUAAAGCUCUUUUAAGAGAUGUCGAAGGUAUGAGCGAGAUCUCGCAUCUUCUUCGUUUUUUGCAAGAAUCAGGACUCAAUGCUUACGGAUUCGUCAAUAAGAUUAACGACGUAUUGGGCAUCGACAAAAUCUCUCCGCCAUCGCGUUUCAUGUUAAACAGAAUCAGUGGUGGAUUGCCAGGGUUUAUUAAGGACGUGAAAGCUCUCCUUCCCGUGCACGAACUUGAAGAAUUGUACAGGGAAAAGUUGACGAGUUCGGAGAAUUUCGCGGAGUUAAUCAAACGGCUGAGAUCCGCGGAGUUUCAAGGUUUCGUCGACAAAUUAAUGGGGCACAAGGAGAUGCAACAUUUGCUGAAACGAGCGGAGGCAAAAGGUGUAGAUGUGCAGGCUAUUUUUGACUUUCUGUCGUCCGUUUUAGGACUUAAGUUUCCACCAAGAACAGUCGAGUUCAUGACGAGAAGCCUCAAGGACGACUUACACGAUUUUCAGCGACUCGUACCUAAGGAGCAAUUGGUCACAUUAUUCUACGAAUAUCUGUCCGAGGAUGAGGAUUUCGGCGACGCGUUGGAUUACGUGACGUCAAAUGACUUUAAAGCUCUUUUAAGAGAUGUCGAAGGUAUGAGCGAGAUCUCGCAUCUUCUUCGUUUUUUGCAAGAAUCAGGACUCAAUGCUUACGGAUUCGUCAAUAAGAUUAACGACGUAUUGGGCAUCGACAAAAUCUCUCCGCCAUCGCGUUUCAUGUUAAACAGAAUCAGUGGUGGAUUGCCAGGGUUUAUUAAGGACGUGAAAGCUCUCCUUCCCGUGCACGAACUUGAAGAAUUGUACAGGGAAAAGUUGACGAGUUCGGAGAAUUUCGCGGAGUUAAUCAAACGGCUGAGAUCCGCGGAGUUUCAAGGUUUCGUCGACAAAUUAAUGGGGCACAAGGAGAUGCAACAUUUGCUGAAACGAGCGGAGGCAAAAGGUGUAGAUGUGCAGGCUAUUUUUGACUUUCUGUCGUCCGUUUUAGGACUUAAGUUUCCAUCACAGUUAAUCUUUAAGGACGAAGAGGUCAUUGACAUACUUUAUCAAAUUUGGUCAAAAGUGUCUUUAGAUAAUAUUAUCGAUGUCGUUGUUACCUAUUUCUUCGAAGACCAGGAUUUUGGUAAAGUUGUUAAAUAUAUGCUGAACGAUGAAUUUAAAAAUAUUUUAUCGGAUAUCGAAGAUCUUCCUGAAAUACGAUCAGUUUUUAUAUAUCUGGAUAAAUAUUCAAUUAACAUUUAUUCGUGGAUAAAUGAGUUCAAUGGAAUAUUGGGUUUAAACAAGACUUUGCCAUCUCGAAACACCUAUAUGAAAGUAACAGGUGGUAUUCCUGGUUUCAUACAGGAUAUUAAAUCACAAAUACCAGUUGACGAAUUACAGAAUCUGUUUGAUGAAAAACUUAGGACGUCUAGUAAAUUUAAAACUUUUAUUGAUCGUCUGAAUAAGCACGAACUUCAAGACGCUGUUAAUGUGUUAAAUAAACACAAAGGAUUUAAUCUGUUAUUAAGGAAACUUGAGGCACUGGGUGUCGAUUGGAAUGAAGUAAUUAAAAUUAUUAAUGCUCUUACUGGAAUCAAAUUUCCAGAUCGACCUUCUAAUCGGCAUUUCGUAAGUAUUUAUUUUCUUAAUUUUGCUUAAUACUUGGAAUAAAUUUUUUUUAUUAUUUCCAA